CUUAAUUACAACGUUCGGUUAACGCGUUAGUGCAACGUAUGGAAGUUGUCAUCCAUUUUUGAGUGCACUAUUCUCAUAGAGGGACUGGUUGUGUUACUAUUACGCAAUGCUUAACCAACCUUACCUAACUGCAUGUGCUCUAUCAGCUGCUUAUUCAGUACCUUACUUAAUGUGUAAGCUGUAAUAAUGAAAAACAAAUCAAAAGGACUGGUAUUCAGGAGCAUAUUCAAAGGAGCAAUAUAUUUAAAUGGAAUAAAUGUAAUAGUGAUUGUUACAGUCGCCCCAAAUGUUUGAAUCUUACGAAACAUUACCUGGAACCAUGGGUCCUAAUGAAACCUUGUGCUCUUCCCAACCUGAGAGUUAUAGUUCAUGUGGUUCAAGAGAAUAUCAUGAAGGAACUGGUAACACUUCAGAACAAUAUGCAGAAGAAAUAACUGUGUCCGAAGUACAGAUGAAUUCACAUAGUGAUUGCGAGUCCAGCAGCAGCCUUGGAUCAGUUUCUAAGCCUCAAAAUUUUCGAAAAAAUCUCAGGUUAACGCCAAUCAUUUAUGAGGUCACAAAUCAAAGAAGCCAACACACGUCAAUUUCCAGUAUAUGCUCAUUGAAUGAGGCCAAAAAUACAUACACUUAUGAUCAUUACUGGGAUUCUUCACAGAAUCUUUCACAUAAAAUUUCUCAGAUGUCUGUCAUGAAAGCUAAAACAAGUUGUUCUAUAUCAAGUGAGGAUUUAUUUAAACAAGAUAUUAUUAGUACCAAGAAAGAAUUUCUGCUCACUGACAAUAAGCAAGCGAAAGCAGGCAUAAUUAGUGGCAAAGAGCAAAGUUUACAAUCCAUUUUAUUCGGAAACUCGACAUUAAUGUUCCAUAGCAUUAAUCCUAAAAAUCAGUCAGUUAAGUCAGCUCCACAGCUAUCAAUAAACUGGACUGAUGAUCCAAUACAGCGCUUUCAUGCCCGUCAUUAUGAUAAACUGCUUGAAUAUAUGGCGUAUGUGCACAGUUAUCUUCCGAUUCCAGUCGCAGUGACGGUAGAAAAGUGUUCAGGACCGAAGUUAACCGCCUAUUUACCAAAUCAGGAAGAAAACGUUUCGGACACUUAUGGAACAGAAAGCGAUUUGAGCAGUACGCUUAAAAAUUCAAGAUCUGAAAUCAUUAUCAAUACUUCAUCAAAACAGAACAGAAAAUCGUUAAAUAGAGCUUCUACAAACAUGAUCCUGCAUUUUGCUUGCAACAGGCAUCAUCCUCAAUGUUUGUAUCCCGGAUCUGCAGAAAAUAAAUAUUUUAGUGUGAACACAAGACAUUUUGGCAUAUGGAUGCAAUUGCUGGUACUGGAAGUACAGUAUAUGUGUCAGAAGCCUGUCCACGUAAAUCAUCCAUCAAUGACAAUUCUGCGUAUCUUGUGGACUGAAUUGAUAAACAACAGCUUACGUAACUUAUCGUAUGCUGAAAGGGAUCCAAAUAUGUCACAGACAUACACUGCUCAUCUCUACAAUGAAAAUAACAUUGCUGCAAAUCGAUCAGUAUCUGUUUGUGGAACACUGACAAGACACUCGGAGAUUAUAAAUAAUCAAGGAUUACAGAGAGGUCCUAAACCGCUCACAUGGAAUUCACUGAGAUUUAAGUCAAUGAAGAAGCCGAAAAAGCAACCAAGUUUUUUCAUUAUAGCUACCCAGUCUUAUCCUAAGUCUAGCGACCAUGAUAUUCUUGUGGAAGAACUCAAAGAAGCUGGUUAUUUUGAAUUAUUUCAAAUGAGAAAACCAAGUAAACAUAAUGAGAUAUCAGAUCCAUACCCUACAAGAACAAGUUGGGACUGCUUUGUAUGUGGAAAUGAUGAUGCAACCUGGAGAAACUAUUCUGAAGAAAAUGCAAGAAUUUCAGGGAUCAAGAAAAGAGUACAGAAGAAUUCUCCAGUUAAAGAGAAUGUAUUCAAUUUACAUUAUGAGCUGAAUGCUGUAAAUCCGCGACUGAUCGGAAAACUAAAGUUUAGACACAUAAAACGUUUUCCACGUGCAUUGGCUUGGCUGUCAAGUUGGAAAACAAGAGAUUUCAGGCUAGAAAAUGGGUUUAUCGCUUGGAAAGAAUGCGACAAAAAACGAAAUAAAAGUACAAGACAAAGUCUGACCAAUUUUAUUGUAACUACAAGAAAGCUACAGCGACAAACAUCGUUGAAAACAGUAACCUCCCCAAUAAAAUGUACAACAGGGCUUAAGUCCACUGCAUUCCCAAUGAAAGUAAGUUGUAAAUCUCAAUACUAUAUACAUGACUAAAGAUACGUCAAUCUUCAGGUAGGCUUUUUAGACUACCUACAGUUAUAGCAUAAAGCAUGUUACAUAUUUUAUAUACAGCUGGUAAAUUUUCGUCGUCGAUUGGACCGAACUGAUCAGCUGCUAGUAACAUAUGGGCUCCUGUGUGGAUGCCUUCAUGUUGGCGGUGCCUGUAGUUUCGAUAUUAAUGAAGGAGAGUGGUUAGCAGUGGAAUCGAGGAUGCGCAUUUCAUCCUGUUCGGGAACAUGACUCACUGGGACGCAAGUAUAUCCAGCUGACGAGUCAGAAUCGAAUGAAACGUGUCCUGGAUCUAACUGCUAGCUAUUAUCCACCAUUAAUGUGAAAAUUACAGUUAUCAAUGGUGCAUUCAUGUCGAACGGCAUGUCAGAUUUACGCAGUUCUACCACUGGCACUCGCUCUUGACAAGAUUUAUUUGCAUCUGAAUUACUCUAAUUCAAACCUAAGGACAGUGAAAUACAGUGCUCACGAACUAAUGUUUCACGAAAAAACUGGGCAUAAUGCCUAUGAGUUUCAUCACUAAUAAUAACUCGAUCGUAAAUCUUCAUUAAUAUAUGAAAUGUCCUUCAGUCUGAUAAUCGAUCUUCACAUGUGACUACUAUGAACUGAAACUGAUCAAACACUACCCGUUAACUAAAGUGACUAACUCGACGGUAUUUCGUAUUCUAGAUAUACCAAUCGAUUCCAGUAGUAUUAACGAAAUCCAAAACGAUAAGACAGCAAUGCUUAACUCGAUAAAUUCUGUUUUAAUUCCCACUUUUUUCUCAUUUACUGCGUAAAACUAUUGACUAGGAUUUACAAAAUCCAGAGUCAGCCUAAACUGAGACUGUUUUUAAAAAGAGAGGUAGUAGUGACUACCGACUUCAGAUCAUGGCAGGUACCAAUGGUAAUAUUUCGAUUAUGAUCUAUGAACCAAUUCAGCAAUAAUGAUUUUUGGAAAAGCAUUCAUAAUUAAAAGGUUGUAUAGAAUAAAAAGCCAAGGUACACUUCAAUGGUUGACGAAGGAUAUUUGGGAGUAAUCGAAAAUUCCAGGUGGAUGAAAGCUAGAGUACGCAUGAGUUGUACUUCAUACAGUUCACCUAUCAAAUGACAAGCUUCAUCGAAAACCUAUACAUGAGAAAAAUAAGUGUACUAAUAGUACAAACUUUUGUCAUAUCAAAACACCAAGUAAACUUAAUUUACG